AUGGAAUCCCGCGCCGCCUUUUACGUUCAGAUCUUCGCAGCAUCUUCCCACUACCAACUUCAGCGUCGCGGCGCCCUGUCUUCGGCGGAUCCUUUGGUUACCAUACGACAGCGCAGUAAGGCCCUGGCCAUAGAGAAGCUACGGAGUGAGGUUGAUGUGCAGCUAAGGUAUCCGACCAAACCUGUGCCCGAUGCUCUUAUGAUGACGAUUUUCACCCUCGCCGUGCACGAUAGUAUCGAUGUCUCCUCGUCGAUCGGAGAUAGCCUCGAAGGUGGGAGGGAAGAAGCGGUAGCGCCCAUGGGGUAUUUGGCAAAGUGUCGAGAUAUGCAAAUCUACUCUUGGGUCCAUUUUGGGAAGGAGCACAUGGAUAUGCUUGUCAAACUCUUCGAACAAAGCGGCGGCAUGACUGCGAUCAAUGGUUCUUUGUUUAGUAUCGUUCUUCCCCUAAAUGACGUGUCGCCAAGAGUUCCGUGUCAGUGGGGGCUACGGACUUUGCGACAUCCCAAGGCGUGGCGACCAGACGACAAGGCUAUUAAGAUGCUCCUCGUCGCCGGCUCUUACUUUGGACAGCCAAAGAAGGACUCACUAACCUCGUCGGGGUUGAGAUUAGACGGGCAGAUGUGCGAAACAGUUUCUGUCUUAGCAGGAUGUUCCGUCGUCCUAGAUCACAUCCAGCGAGUCGGCCCUGAAGUUGUUAUGGAUCCUCAUGUGUGGAUGGGCAACUGCAACUGGGCUUGUCAUAAAUUACUCUCUUUAGGUGCCCUGUUACCGGUGACCAGAGAGAUUUAUUCAGAGCCUGAAGGAGAGGAGAAAAAAGCACUAGACGUCAGCGCAUACUGCUCCGAGCUCUGCCGUCUGGCAGCCCUUCUUUACUUUGACCAGAUCAUCUUUCCUACCUUCAAUCCUCAAGCGGAGAUCAAGUCUCGUCUCACAAGCAGAUUACUAGACCUUCUUGAGGCUGUCCAAGAAGGAAUUGAUAGUCACGAAUGGGCCAUGGUGUGCGACUUGGUUCGUUGGGCUGCGCUAAUAGGCGCCAUAUCAUCUAUGGCUGUUGGCUUAGCAGUCAUGGAUCGAUACGUAACCUUUAUAGCCAACCAUUGCAUGGGCGAUGCGAUGUAUUGGGGCUGGGAAGCUGUUAGAGAUCGACUGGUAUCGUUUCUUUGGGUCCAGGACCUUGACCAACGAGGGCAAAAGAUCUGGCAAAAAACUUGCGAGACAAUCAAGUUGAAGAAGAGAACGGCUACUUGA